GUAACCAGAACCUUGGAAUGCGAACGCGUUUUGUUCCACCCGGCGAUUCAACAACGGGAGCGAACCAUUGCCGAAAACAGGGGGAGCCGAUUCAGAAGAGCGGGCUUUCGUCGACUUUUAGCGUCUGUUUAUCGAUUUGUUGAUGGGUUUGUGGGCACAUAUAGCCAGUUGUAACACAUACGCCACAUAACUUCUCUAAACGCUUCAGCAUCGGCGACUCAAGCUCCAUGGAUAGUUUUGCGCUCCCCCAUCCAUAACUCAAGUCGACUUAUUUGAUUGACUGCUCCAUAUUUUUUUGUUCGAUUUUUUUCUGUGGCUCCAGAAAGAACAAAAACGGGGUAAUAGAGACAGAGAGGAAAAGAGGGAGAGAAAACAACAAACGCUGCUGGAAAGAAAGUGCGAGCUCAAGAGCGCUGGGAGCGACCCAGGGUCAAGACUGAGAAAAAUACAUAUAUAUUUCACAGACAAAGGAGUGUCGACUUUUGCUUGCUUCUUUAUUUUAGGGAAGUUGGCAUAAGAGGACAGUGUAACAGAUCACCAUGACGACUGAAAUGCAGGAGAUCGCCAUCACGGAGGAGAAGCCUUUACUGCCGGGCCAAUCAGAUGCUGUGAAGGACGCAGAGACCGCAGCCAGAAUACUGCUGGAUCAAGGCCAGGAACACCGUGUCAAGACGCCUCACGGCGUGCUGCAUGUGACGGUUAACGGAGCUGGAAACGCACGCAGACCGGCCAUACUGACCUUCCAUGAUGUGGGAAUGGACAGUAAGAGCUGCUUCUCCACCCUGUUUAAGUUUGAAGAGAUGCAGGAGAUCGUGAAGAACUUCACUGUGGUUCACGUGAACGCUCCGGGACAAGAGGACGGCACGGCCAUUUAUCCUGCCGGAUACCAGUAUGCAUCUAUGGAUCAGGUCUCUGAGAUGCUCCCCGCUGUCCUGCAGUACUUUAAUUUCCGCACAAUUAUCGGUGUUGGAGUCGGAGCCGGCGCUUACAUACUGUCCAAGUUCACUUUGACUAACCCUGACGCCGUGGAAGGGCUCGUUCUGAUCAACAUCGACACAAACGCACGAGGCUGGAUGGACUGGGCCACACAGAAGCUCUCCAAUCUGACGUCUUCCCUCACAGACCAAAUCCUGAGUCACCUCUUCAGUCAGGAAGAGAUGUCGACAAACACAGAGCUCAUUCAAACUCACAGAGAGAGAAUCUCUAAAGCGCCAAACCUCAUCAACAUCGAACUCUUCUGGAAAAGCUACCAGGGUCGCAGAGAUCUGAACGUCGAGAGGAAUAAGACCUUCAAAUGUCCUGUGAUGUUGGUGGUCGGUGAUCAGGCUCCGUAUGAGGAAGCUGCUGUGGAGUGCAACAGCAAACUAGAUCCAACUACCACCUCAUUUCUCAAGAUGGCGGAUGCCGGCGGGAUGCCACAGCUUACUCAGCCCAGUAAACUGACAGAAGCGUUUAAAUACUUCAUUCAAGGCAUGGGAUACAUGGCGUCGUCCUGCAUGACGCGUCUCUCGCGCUCGCGCACCACCUCGCUCUCGUCCUCCUACUCCAUGGAGGGCUCGCGCUCCCGAUCCCGCACGCUGUCCCAGAGCUCGCAGGGCGGACAGCUCCCGCCGAGCCCGUCCCAUACCAUGGAGGUAUCGUGCUGAGAAGCACCAGAGCGGGGGAGAGAGAUGGACGGAUGAAACGCUUCAGUCUUCUGGGUGGCAGAACGUGAGUUUCGUGCGUGACGACGGACGGAUGAUGACGACUCUCUCCCUCCCUUCACCGACCCGUCAGGCAGAUGAUAGAGCCCUUUAACUCUGUGACAUGGGCGGGGCCUUUAGUGAGACCCAAAUGUAGUGUUAACCAAUAGUAAUACUUCUAAUAUGAAUAUUGAUUAUUAAUAAUAAUAAUGACAAGCGUCACUGACAAAAUAAACAACGAUGUUUCUCCUAAUUACAUGUUGAAUUUCUAAACAAAAGUAUAGAGAAAAGAGUAUAUAAGCUCAUAAUGUGUGUCUAUCAACUUCUUUGUGAUUAUUAUUUUUUGGUGUGCUUUUUUCGUUUUUGUAUUCUGUAUUUUUUUUCUGUUAUACAAUCCUGCUGCUGUGAGCGGGGUGCAGUAUUGUCGGAGAUGGUGGCGAACGUUUUCGGCCGAAAUACUCGUCUCUGUAGAUGACAGCCACCUCAUGUCUUCCAUUUGCCCUUAACAAAAAAGCUAUACACAUAAAAGCGAGAAAGAAAAAAUACUGUAAUUAUAUAUUUUUUUGUUUGGUUGCGGGGGUUGGGGCCAUUGGGGUCUUUGCUUGUUCUGAAAUGCAUGCCUGAAUUUUCUUGACCACAUUUUCUUACCGUCUAUAAUUU